AUGAAGAGGCCCAAAGAUGAAGGGCACCCUAUCUACAUUGUUCCGAACAUCGAGGAAGUUCCGCACUGGAAAGACGUCCGUGGACCGUUCAACUUCUAUGCAGGAGUACCCAUCACUACGCCGAAUGGUUACAAUAUCGGCACUCUCUUCGCAUUCUCUGCGCGACCGCGGCCCGACCUAGAACCCGAGGAGAAGUUGAUCAUGGUCCGCAUUGCUAAACAGGUGAUGUCCCAUCUAGAGCUUGAGCUCAGGGUGCUAGAGCGGAGCCGUCUGCUAGACAUGAACCGCUGUCUCGCCGAGUUUGGAGCAACGCGCAAAGCCUCCUCGUCUUCAGUUGGCUGGCUGGACCAAACCCGGUUAGAAACAAGCUCUCGGCCCUCCUUAGAUACUCGACACUCGGCUUCGAUAGUUCCAGGUGAGGCCGUCUACCCCCGAGCCGCAAGGCUACUGCGAACCGGUCUUGGCUGCACCGGUGUGGCUUUACUGGCUACAGAUCGCAACCGAGUUAUGCGGACAACGAGUUCACCGAACGGCAACAGAAGUUUCCUGUUAGAAAACCGGCGCUCCUCAGUGGACUCACAUGCUGCAAGCGCCGGCUCUUCUAACAGCAGAGUUAUUGCAUAUGCGUCCGCGGAGCCGGAUUGUAACCGCUUGCUUACGCUUCCAAAUGACCUGCUGCUGACGCUCAUUGAGCUCUAUCCUGAGGGAAAGGUCUUCCAUUUUGAUACUGCGGGGAACCUAGUGCCUUCAAUGGGCGCCAGCAAUACCUCGACGGACGGCGAAACCAAUGACUCGCAGUCUGUUGAGGACGAAAAGAGUAGUGGUAUCCAUCCGGCGCUUGCCUUGAGUCGGUGUCUACCCGAAUCGCGUCAAAUCAUAUUUACGUCAAUGCUGGAUCCUCGGAAGGAUAACUCCAGCGUUGCAGCCAUCGCCUGGAGUGACGGCUGGGAGCGCCUCUAUACUGGCGAGUUCGAUCUGCCUUAUCUUGCGUCUUUCUGCAUGACAGCAAUCGCUAUAAUCCUGCACGAGGAGGCCAUAGUAGCAAACAAGCAGAAAGCGGAUUUCAUCGGCUCAAUAAGCCACGAACUCAGAAGCCCUCUUCACGGCAUUCUGGCCAGCACCGAGCUGCUUCGAGACACACACUGUGACCCAACCCAACAGUACCUUAUGGCCAGCGUCCAAAGCUGCGGCAGAGUUCUUCUUGACACCAUUGAUCAUGUGCUGGAUUUUGGAAAGUUUACCAGCAUAGAAAGUAAAUCCAAAAGGCCUCAGUUGCAGUCAUCUUCCAAUGUAGAUCAGUCGAAGACCGGCUCAUCGCGCUCCGAAACAACGACAGAUGGGCAGCUUCUCAACAGACCGGUGGCUAUCGACCUUGCAGCGCUAUGCGAGGAAGUUAUCGACAGUGUGUUGCUCGGCCGCACGUAUCACGAUGCUCUGGCGCCGAUGAACGACUUCGAUCCCUCCAGCAAUACGCCGCCUCCGAACCAGAUCCGCCCUGUCAUCUCGCUCGACAUCGUGAAGCGUGAUUGGCGGUUCGUUUCACAGCCGGGAGCCAUACAACGCAUCAUCAUGAACCUCUUUGGCAAUGCGCUGAAAUAUACGCCAGACGGCUACAUAACCGUUAAAGUUGAGGCAGAAGACCUUGUAACCGAUCAAUCAGAACCGCAAGAUGCUCUUGCUGAUGGCGAAGGUUCUUCUCCUGGGACGACUAUCGUAAAAGUUAAGGUUAGCGAUAGCGGUAGAGGAAUGUCCCAAGAUUUUAUCCAGUCAAGGCUCUGGACUCCUUUCGCACAGGAGGAUCAAACUUCGCAGGGCACAGGGCUUGGGCUGUCCAUAACUAAAAGGGUCGUCAGCAUCCUCGGCGGUGACAUCGAUCUCCAAUCCAAGCUUGGUGUUGGCACAAUUUUUACCGUCCGGCUACCUCUCAGGGAGCUCGCUAUGCCGGACGAGGGUCCCCAGACUAAUCAGAACCAAAUGCCGGAUGUUGUUUCCGACGUCUCACUGCGAGAGCAACUGCGAGGCAAAGUCUUCAUUAUCUAUGAACCUUACUCCACGUCAGGCAGCACCGAACGGGUUGCUGGAAUCAUGCAUGCUCACGAGUCGCUCCUAACUUACAUGCAGGAUUGGUUCGGUCUGACACUGAUGAGGGAACCGGGGACUCCAGUGGAUCUUGUCGUUGUCGAUGAGAGUGUGUCUUGGUCUCACGCCAGCCCCGACACAGACAUGUUUCUCAGCGAGAAACCUCGCAUUGUCCUUAGCGCAAACCCCACUACGAAAUUAGGGGAGUUGCAGCCCGGUGGUUGCAGGGAAACCACGGUGUACAUUACCAAGCCUGUAGCGCCGAGGAAAUUAGGGAGAGCUCUGCGCCACUUGCUACCGCAUCUACUUCAGACGACCAAGUCCAAGGACGCGACGCCCAGCAGUAGAUCUGUUUCUCCACCAACGGGUACCGAACCCGUCACCAGCCACUCACUGGAUGAUGCGGAGAGCGAUGUUCGCCUGAAGGGAACAUCAUCCAACAACGCAGAACCGGCAUCUCAGAAACGUAUCGCUGCAUUGGAAGCAGAACUCGAACGUCUACGCUCACUCCUACACGAGAUGCGACCAACGACCGGUGGUGCGAGCGGUCAGACUCCAAACGGCAUCCAUCAUUCCGACGAGUCCGAAGUAGCGCCUGAGAUGGACCACGAGUCGGAAACGCCUGCAACCCCCGGUACGGCCCAGAUAAUGCAAAAAUUGACGUUAAAGCCUGCAAAUGAUGGACUCCCCCGCAUCCUCCUCGUGGAUGACAACGCCAUCAAUCUCAGAGUCCUCACCAUGUAUCUCCGGAAAGCCGGUAUACCGGAUUCAAAGACCGUCUCCGUCUCCUCCGGCGAAGACGCCGUGGCGCAGUUCGUGCGCGCGAGCAUUCAAGGUCCGCCGUUUGAUAUUGUGCUCAUGGAUCUCAGCAUGCCCGGCAUGGACGGAUUCGAGGCAACGCGAGAGAUUCGGGCCUUUGAAGAUAAUGGUGGAGGUGUGCACGAGAAGGCGCUGGUGGUGGCGCUCACUGGGCUUGUUAGUGAGAGGGAUAGGGAUAGGGCGCUUGAGGCGGGAGUUAAUCAGUAUUUCAUCAAGCCGUUUUCGGGCAAGAAGGUUGAUGAGCUAUUGGGGUAUUGGAAGGAGACUCAGCAUGUAGACGUCCUGUGGUGA